UAAUGACCGAGAGAGCCAGAGUGGUGUUGAAAGGAGAUGCCCACAACCAGUCAACAGUCCGAGUCUUCUAUCAGCCUGUCAGGAAAAAUGGUAUAAAUACCCUCUGUACCUGCCAUCAGAGCGUCCCUGAGCGAUUAUAUGGGGCGUCUUUCCAUCGUCGCCAGCUCUACUUCAUCCAAGUCUACCCAGGUCGCUGCCAUCAUGAAACCGACAGCUCUGGUCCCCCUUAUUCUCCUAUUUUUCACGGCGAUCCCCGGCGUCCUCCGCCUCGCUGUGCCCGGCGAGGUCCUCCUGGAGCGCCAGAACGACGUUACCUGCGAGAGACCUGGGCUCAAGGUCACAAACAUCACUGCCGUAAUAAACGAGACGAGCACUCUCGACAAGCGCAACGACAAUGGAGCCCAUGAUCAAUAAUUUUGUACCGCCAGAGCACAGACUUGCUCUUGCUCUCUAUGCUGGCAAGGCGGUAGCUUCGUCUGCCUGGGCUAUUGCAACUGUCUCGUGACUCUCCCGUGCACCAAUGAUGGUAAUGAUUGUUUUUAUGAUACCGGCAAUGGGGGAUGCUGCUGUACGUGAGAAAGGGUGUCUCUGGCAUGAACAGCCCGAAUCUAGCCGGCAUGCUGCGUUGACCUCCAUGCCAUGUUGAGCCCGUGGCGAAGAGAGUUUAUCUUUUUGUCAUCGCUGUAGUGGAGCUGGAAGUUCUUCGGCUGGCUCGGGGGCAGUGACUGAUGUAAAGCUUGACUCGGUUGAUGGAUCUGAGAGUACCCGUUGACAAACCCCCUGACAUUGAGACCUUCCC